AUUCGUCUCGUAUCACAAGACGACAGCUUGCAGGUUUGGAAUUGGCAAGUGCCGUUCGACGCUGUGCCCACAUCCUCCCACCCUAGAGACUCUCGAAACCCCAACGCCUUGCUCAUAUCCACUUUUCAGCUUCUGCAUCAUUCAUUCUUUGUUUAUUAACGUUACAGCGCGGAUCGCUGCGGUUUGAAGCGCAAAGUACACAACGUACCCUGCAAAUCGCAGUACUCCGUAACGAUUACUCCAAGCCUGCUCACAGUCCCCUGAAUUUGAGCUCAGGCGAAGAUCAAUUCUCGAUACGCAACGGUGGACGCGAGUCCGUACCAUCGACCAUCCAUCCUUCGCAGAAGUCGACCAUGCAAUUAAGGAAACGCGCGCCCGCAGGGGCGCUGCUCGCCUCGCUGCUGGUCGCACCACAGCUUGCAUCGGCCUUCUAUCUCCCCGGUGUCGCGCCAACAACGUACGAGGGAAUGGAACCAGUCCCGCUCUACGUCAACUCGAUCCGCCCGGUCGCAGGGUCAGACGCCAUGCUUCACUCGGUCGUCUCCUACGACUACUACCAUCCGCUUUUCCAGUUCUGCCAACCGCCAGAGGGACCUCAGGAUGUGGGCGCGAGCCUGGGCAGCAUCCUGUUCGGGGACAGGAUAAAAACAUCCCCGUUUGAGCUCAAGAUGGGGCACGACGAAACCUGCAAAAAGCUGUGCGAGACAACAUACCAGAAAGGGGCUGCCAUGUUUGUGAACCAGCAGAUUCGGUCUGGCAUCAGCCUCAACUGGCUGGUAGACGGUCUUCCCGCCGGACAGAGGAUCCCGGACUCGUUCACCGGAACUGAGUUCUAUAACACCGGCUUUUUCCUGGGGCAGGUGGCCGCCGACGGCAGCCAAGUUCAGUUCAACAACCACUACGACAUUUACAUCGAAUACCACGAGGUCGCGGGGAGCAGUGGGAAGUACCGAGUCGUGGGUGUCAUUGUUUUGCCGCAGUCCAAGAAAUACACGGGUCCUGUCGACGAACACUCCUGUUUAGAGGAGAACAUGGACGCCUUGGUUCUCGAUGAGUCGGGCGAUACCAAGGUCCAAUUCACCUACAGUGUCUACUGGAAACCAUCCUCGACUGCCUGGGCCACGCGUUGGGACAAGUACCUGCACGUCUACGACCCUAAGAUCCACUGGUUCUCGCUCAUCAACUCAUCCGUCAUUGUCGUCUUUCUGGUCCUGACCGUCAUGUCCAUCCUGGUCCGCGCCCUGAAGAAAGAUAUUGCCCGCUACAACAGGCUCGAUCAACUCAACCUGGAGGAUCUCUCUGGCACCUCGGCGUUGAUGGAGGACGGCGUACAGGAGGACUCUGGCUGGAAACUCGUCCACGGCGACGUGUUCCGCACCCCCUCGCACCCCCUUCUUCUCUCCGUCUUCCUCGGCAAUGGCGCCCAACUUUUCGUCAUGGCAGGCUUUACUAUUGUUUUUGCGCUGCUUGGCUUCCUCUCGCCAUCCAACCGCGGCUCGCUUGGCACCAUCAUGAUCCUUCUCUACACCGUUCUCGGCUUCGUCGGCGGCUACACCUCGGCGCGUAUGUACAAGUCGCUCCAGGGCGAGAAGUGGAAGCUCUGCAUCAUCCUCACCCCGCUGCUUGUCCCGGGCAUCGUCUUCUCCACCUUCUUCCUGCUCGACCUCUUCCUCUGGGCGAAGCAGUCUUCGGGCGCCGUCCCGUUCACUACCAUGCUCGUCAUCGUCCUCAUCUGGUUCACCAUCAGUGUUCCCCUCUCCUGCGCCGGCUCCUGGCUCGGCUUCCGCGCGCCGGCCCUCGAGCCGCCCGUCCGCACCAACCAGAUUCCGCGCCAGAUUCCGCCCGUGACGACCUACCUGAAGCCGGUGCCCAGCAUGCUGCUCGUCGGCCUGCUACCCUUCGGCGCCAUCUUUGUCGAGCUGUACUUCAUCAUGGGCUCGAUCUGGCUCAGCAAAAUCUAUUACAUGUUUGGCUUCCUGUUCAUCUGCUACGGCAUCAUGAUCAUGACGUGCGCCGCCGUCACUGUCUUGCUGGUGUACUUCCUUUUGUGCGCCGAGAACUACAACUGGCAGUGGCGCUCUUUCCUGGCGGCGGGAACCACGGCCGGGUAUAUCUUCCUAAACGCGCUCAUCUACUGGGUGAGUAAGUUGUCGUUGGGAGGGUUUGCGGGGAGCGUGCUGUACAUUGGGUACAGCGCGCUCAUUUCGUUUUUGUUCUUCAUCUUGACCGGAUCGAUCGGCUUCUUUGCCAGCUGGCUGUUCGUCCGCAAGAUUUACUCCUCCAUAAAAAUUGACUAGGUAGGACCGGAAGGGAAAAGAAUGGCUGUUUGAAAGCCCAUGUUUCAGGCGAGCAGACUCGGUUUAGAAUCGUGCACCCACCAGAAGGUGCACUGGGGAAAAAUGACACAACUUGUAUCACUAAACACUCAUUUUAGACUUCCCCAUCAGGGAUGGACUGGAGUACGGAACUUGGUCGGUUGGUUAUUAGCAUUAUACGGCAGCCGAGCUGACUGGGUUGCAACAUUGAGAAUGACAUCCCCGUGCCUCGGCGUUGCCAAUCGCGAUGAUUCUUGAUCCGCAAACGCGGUAUUCGCCAUCCUCUAAUUGACAAUAGCAUCACUGCCUCCCCCG